GGACGACCCAAACACGGACGGUUAGCAGCAACUAUCAACCAACGGCCGCCUGACAGCCCUUUAAAAUAACAAAUUCUUCAGCGGUAAAACAAGAAAAAUGUGACCAAGUGAGAAGAACAGCUUGGCGAAGACUGUCAGAAACGCAUGACAACCAACUUUGGUUGUUGAGAGAGGCGCACCAUGGCAUCUCAGCCGAGCAUAUACAAUGAAGAAAGGAACCGUCUUCGCCUCCGAGCGCGGGAACAGAGGAACCAAGAAACAAGCCCAGCCAAAGAACCCAACCCUGAGAAUGUGCCACUCUUUAGGGAACCAUACAAGACAAACAAAGGGGAUACUCUUUCCAAUCGAAUCCAGAGGAUGCUGGGUAGUUUUGAAGAUGUGAAUAAUCCCUGUCCCUUAGCCAUUGAGCCUUUACCCAUUCCUACUUAUGUAACCUUCUCACAGUCAGAUCAGGCUCAGCCAAACACAGAUAAACCAGCCAAGCCUCCAUUCCUUAACCAAGUCCACACGUCCAUCCCAAGUCAGAAAGCCCCCUCUUGUAACGGUUACUCCUCUCAGCCCAUGAGGACGUCCACUGCCCCUUCUCCUCCUAACCAGCAUGGACAUUCAUCCACUUUCUCGAAUAGGUCCUUAAACCACAGUCAGCUCGGCCUCUCAGCACAGCAACAAAAGAAGAGUGAAGCCCACUCAGGUCUCAGGGAGUGUGUCAGCCUUCCCCAGGAAAUGUCUUAUCAGUCUCCUGAUGCCAAGCGGCCACCCUUCCCACAUUCCAUUGACCAUGAUAACUAUGACACGGACACUAGGGACACCUUUGAUAGACUUCAAGGUUCCACAGAUCACCACCCUGAGUCUGACAACGCCAUGGAUGUUUCCACAUUUGACCUGAAACAGUCCCCCAAAGAUUCAUCUCUGCCUCAAGCAAACAAAGGUAACGCACUACCUUCCCAGACCUUCCCUUCACUCCUGUCGUUGAAGCCGCCCAGCGUAGUCAUGACCCAGAAACCCACAGCGUAUGUGCGGCCCAUGGAUGGUCAGGACCAUGUGGUCAGCGAGUCACCUAGGCUGAAGCUUUCACCAGAGCCAUAUGUACCUCUACCGGAGAUAAUCAACAAAUCUGCGCUGGGCAAAACCAAGUUGCUGCCACCAUUUUUGGAGACCAGGACAGAUGAGGUUCAAUGUGUCGAAGAAAUCUUGAGGGAAAUGACCCACUCAUGGCCUCCUCUCCUGACAGCCAUACACUCACCGAGCUCAGUAGAACCCUCCAAGUCUCCGUUCCCAGCCAAGGAAGCAGCGAGUCUCUCUUCAUGUCCAGUACAAAAAAACUACAAGUCCCCUCCAGCAAAUCCAUCCCAGCUCAUCCAGCAGAGCUCAUCAUCAUCACUUGAAGCAGCACAUUCCCGAGGGGUAGAGCCGGCCAGCUCCAGUGACUCAGAGUGUAGCUCAAGAUCAGAGUCGGAAAGUGAAAGCACCAUCGAGGAGCCGCCUCCACCCCCUGUGAGCAUCUCUGUUAAAACCGAGCCUGAACCUCUAGCAGUGACCCAUGGUGAUUGGCAGCUCGGGAACUGGAUCCAGUCCAGGUCCAGCCAGCAGAACUCGAGCGCCGAAGGUCAAAGCUGUUCACAUCCCUAUGAAAGCCCCGCUCACAAGCGGCCACCGCCCACUCAAAGCUCCAAGCACCCACUCAGUGCAGAGGUGGUCGACCCCUACAGAGAGUCCAAACCUUCUUCUUCUAACCAGAAAGAGUUGACCCAGCAUCACAGUGAAAGCCCUCAGGACAACUAUAACCAUCAAAGUGGCCACAAAUCCCCCUCUGCUCAUUUGAACAUCUCCAGGACACUUUUAUGCAACACACACUCCUCAAAACCAGUAAACACUAAAGCAACUAUCAACGUGAAGUGUGAGGAAGCGGUCGAUACGCGAAGCAAAGACCCCUGUUUUACAGAUAGACCCAAGGUUAAGACGAAAGUAGGCCACAGCAAGAAAAGCAAGAACAACAGCGAGACUAAAAGAGACGCUAAGAGGACUUCUAAACACACGUCACUUGACAAGCGGAAGACGGGAUCAGAUCCUGAAGUCACUGUGGUACUGUGUGUUCAUUGUCCAUCUUGUGGUGUUCGAUAUCCUAACCCUUGCUCCUGCCCAACACAAAGUCCUGCAAAGGCUGACCAGCUGACCCCCGCCCCGCCACUUAGAGUCAGUUGUAGCAAACCAAUGUUGGAGACCCUCUGCCCAAAGGGAUCCAAGGUUCUUCACAAGACAAGCAAAAGACACUCAGAGAAAACUGGGCACACGAUCAAGAGUUCUCUGGAACCCCAGAAGCCUUUUAGCUCCCUGCUUGUGAAAAUAGAUCUAAGUCUGCUCUCAAGAGUUCCCUGGACCUGCAACAUCCACCAGGAGUUACCCAACAAUGCAAAGAGAUCAGCACUGGUCGUAGAGCAGCAUGCAGGGGGUGGUGAUGCUUCUACACCACACAAAGUCAUCGAAAGCAGCAAAAAGAGUAUAUCUCAAAAUGUCGAGGUAGACAAUUCAACUCAUCCCAGGAAGAAACAGAAGCUGGAAAACAAGAAUACCUCAUCAACAAGUCAUGCUUCUGUCAAACUAGAAUGUUCCAGCAAGUCAAAAGCAGACGGGGAGCGAAAGAAAAAGGUGGAGAAAAAAACUGUUCCUAUGCAGCAGCCUCUGACACCCAAAGACCCUGCUAAAGACCCUGCUAAAGUCCCAAAGGUGAACAAACGCAGUUCUGGGAAGCCCCAGGAGUCCAGCAAGGAGGCAGCAAAGAGCAAGGACUCCCAGAAGCACAAGAAGAGCGGCGGAAAGCAUGCCGAAAAACCACACUUUGAAAAGCAGAAGCCCCAAAAGAGCACCCCUGCUGUCCCAUCAUCUUCACAGACCCCCAGGGGAGCUUUGAGCAGACGGCCCUUGCUCAGAGUUGAGGGGAGGCAGUAUCCAGUGAAGCAUUACAUAAAAGAGGCCAAAAAACUGAAGCACAAAGCAGAUGUAGAGUCAGAUAAGCUGAUCAAAGCUUUUAACUACCUGGAUGCGGCCAUGUUCUUUGUCGAAAGUGGUAUUGCUAUGGAGAAAGAUCCACACAUUUCAACGUCUUCCUACACUAUGUUUGCAGAAACAGUGGAACUGCUCAAGUUUGUACUGAAACUUAGAAACUCAGUGGAUGCCUCUGCUACUGCUGCAGAAAAAGACUUUUUUGCUUUAUGUUUGAAGUGCCAGUCCCUCUUGCAGAUGGCAAUGUUUCGCCACAAACACAAAAUUGCCCUCAAGUAUUCGAAGACCCUCACCGACCACUUCAGUAACUCAACAACUCGCGAUCCUCCUGUUUUAACACCAAAAGUCACACACACCCCGUCCUACAUGCCCAACAUGCCUUCUCCAGCCAACACGUCCAGCAGCUUUGGUCCCGGCUCCGGCCACAGCGGGUCGGGUGUGGACCCUGUGGGCAGCACUGUGACGGUUCCUCAGGCCAUUGGACAAGUGGCAUUAACCUACGUCAACAUCACUACAUUAGUUUUAAGCGCUCAUGACAUCUGGGACCAGGCGGAGGAACUGUCGCAGAAAGGCAGCGGUUUGCUGACAGAGCUGGACUCAGUCAUGGGUGCAUUGAGCCUAACUUCCAGUAUGAGCUCUGUGGUGCGCUACACGAGACAGGGCGUCCACUGGCUGAGGCUGGACAGCCAAAAGGUAAACUGACUAUCCACCUGCUCUCGUCAAAGAGUACCUGCAAACCCUUUGUGCUGCCCCUCUCUACCUUUACCUCACCUCGCCUCAGUGUGUCACACUCUGAGCUGGACUAUCCCUCAGGCUUGUGCCAGGCUUCUUUACUUCACAUGGACGUUGUCUCAUCUCAUGUGGUGUGUCCCUGAGAAUACACCACUGAUCAAUGCACUUGUUAUUUAUUGUUUUCUCUCUUUCUCUACGGCACUUUUAUGAACAUGUUACAUCUGUGGUUAUACACACACUUCAUGUCUCGUACCCACGGUGUAUCUUCCUGUUCCUCUUCAUCAGUUCAUGUGUUUGAAUCAUUGAUUUAUUCAGCUGUGACCUUAACUACAUUUGGAUGGGAGCACAUCGAAUGUAACCAAAAUUGCCGUUUGGUGGCAGCCCCAGCCUCGUGCAAGUCCUGACACAAAUCAUGUUCAUGAUCACAACUUUUAUUAAUGUUAAAGAUGAAUGUCACUAUAAGGCACUAAAAUCAUUAUUUAAAUGUAUCACAAUUGUUAUUGAAUUUCUCUCAAAAUGAAUCAGUAUGAAUUCUGCAUUGUAUUUCCCCUACAAAUCAGUGGGGAUUAAUACAGUAUGAGUUUAAUAAAGGAAUGAAUACAGCGUGAGUGCUGUCCAAAACAAAGAGACAUCUGAGCAUGAAUAAUAAGGAUUUGUAUUAUGAUGGCUAAGGCUCAGGAUCAGAAGUGGUUUGCCAUCUUUCUCAGGCUGAUUAUGACAAUUACUGACUAGUAGGUCAGCAGGCUCGAUUUUAUUCUUGUCACCCAGGUAAAAGAAUUGCACUUGUGCCCACUAAUGUAAGUUAUACAAGCAUUAGGUACAGUAAACAUUGCAAGAACAAAAAAAGGGGCAAUCGUUUUACAUAUUGCAUUUUUUUUUAGUUCUAGUGUUGGAAGUAGUGGUUGAUAUUAGCCGAGUUUGAGUUACCUUUCAAGUAUAGUGGGACUGCCACAUUGUUCAACAGAUGAAACUACAGUAGUGUUCCCUUUAUUUGUUUUUGCACCAGGAAGCUGCUUUUCUCGGUUUCCCACACGUUUGUUGAUUAGCAAAUGUUGAGUUUCAAUAUGUUUACUAAAUGUGUGCGAGUAGAAUAAAAGGCCAAACUAUAGCUUACUACAGAAUGCACUUUGUUGAGUAUUUGUUGUUAAUUUCAGAGCGUUAUUGGACAUAAGAACAACUUGAUCCCAAAGACUGGCAGGACUGUGCUAGUCUUUACUCUAGUUUAUUGUAACUUUGAUUCUAAAAAAAUAAAGCUUGAGUUUUGUUGGUUCAAAUUUUUAUUGAGGUGGUGUUGUUGUUAUGACAAUUUAAAAGGGAUACUAAAAUAAUCAGUAUGUAAUGGUGAUGCAGUAAAAGAAACAUUGCUUUUGAUUUACACAUUUUGAAACGUUUUGCAGUUAAUUGAGUUUGUAUGUCUGUGUGCAAUUACACAUCAAAAAGGGCUAAACAAGGAUCACAAAGUGUUCAUGAAUUUACAUUGUUGCAUAACGUGUAGCGAAUUUUUUUUAAAAUACGGAGCAAGGUCACUAGUGCCUUGGCCUUAUGUCAUCAGCAGGAGAAAUGAUCUUGAGUGUUUCUUACUGCAGAUGUCGACACUGCACAGAAGCAUUUCAGAUGUUUUCAUGUCUUUUCCAACCUGUGGCUUUCCUUCCAUCAUCUUCCAUUGUUUAUGAUUUACUCUGCAACAGUUUACACUUCUCGUCCAAAUAAUUAUUUACUGAGAAAUUGUUCAGAAAAGGUUUUGAAGGAUGCUUUUCCCUUUUUUGUAAAAUAUGUAAAACAUUUUUUUUUGCAGGGAUGAAUAAACACUGGAAAUCA